CACUACCGAAACAGAGAAAUAAUUUAGGGUUAUUGCCAUCUUCUCCAGUUAGGAUUUCCAAGAGUUAAAAGCCUCUUCCUCUGACAUGGGUCGAGUCAAACAUAAUAUGGUCAAAUCUUUGGGCAAAAGAACUUCUUCUUCGGUAUCUCCCACUGAUGGAUCGAAGAAACGCUCGACGUUGCAGAUGGAUCUUGAGGUUCUUGAGUGUCCCAUUUGCUUCGAAACAUUGACGAAGCCUAUCUUCCAGUGUGAUGAUGGACAUUUGGCUUGUUCCUCUUGCUGUCCAAAACUAAGUAACAAAUGCCCAACUUGUGCUUUUCCUAUUGGCCACAUUCGCUGCAGAGCAAUGGAGAGUGUUCUUGGAUCAAUCUCUAUUCCAUGCCCAAACGCCAAGUUUGGUUGCACUGAUAAUGUCUCUUAUGGGUUAGAAUCAACUCAUGUAAAGGAAUGCAUCUUCUCUCGAUGCUCAUGCCCUGCAUUGGACUGCGAUUACACUGGCUCCUACAGAAAUGUCUGCAAGCACUAUUAUUCUUAUAUAUCCAGUCGUUCCACUCCCUUACACCAUUAUGCAUUCUUACUAUAUAAGGCAUCCUCUACUGUUCGGAUGAACAUCAGUGAUAAGAUAAAAAUCCAUGUGGACUAUACAAAUGAACUACUGUUUGUAGUGCAGUGUUUUAGGGAGUCGUACAGUGUGUGUGUAACUGUAAGCUGCAUUGCACCAUCUUCUGCAAAAGUUGGAAAGUUCUCAUAUCAACUCUCCUACACUGUCGAUGGGGACACUAUGACCUACGAAUCACCAGACAUGAAGAGGAUUCUUAAAGUGAGUUUUCAAACCCCUCUAGAGAAGUUCAUGUUGAUCCCUCACUCUUCAUUGCGUGGUGACUUGUUGGAGACGAAGCUUACCAUCAAGAAGGUCAUUCAAGUGUAA